AUGCGCGCAUAUGUCGACAAGCAGGGCAACCCUCCCAGCCAGCAGGACAUUGAGCUGAUCAUCGACCACCCACGCCUGCACAUCUCCGGAGACCCCCGAUCAGCCCAACAGAACGCCACCAUCGACAGCCAGACUCGUAGACACACCAGCGCUGCUGAGAUCAAGCAAGGUCGUCACCGCUACCUUGGGCGCCAGAUUCGUGCCGAGCGCAUUGAAACGUUUUGCGAGGCGGUAGAUCGAAAUCUGCUCCAACACAACCCUGACAGUGGCAGUAGCCAGUCGGUCGUGAACAAUCCCUUCAACUACACAAUCUGCCAUGUGGCGGACGAAAUGGAGUAUCGGCUGAGCGAGGAACUCUUCUGCCGAAUGGGUGGAGGAUCCUAUUACACCGGCCGGGGCUUCAACAUCGCAAAAGCUGGUUCGGCGAGCUCUGGUGACUUGGGUGAAACCAAUUUCCGCAACGGCGCCGAGCAAUGGGCACGUACGGUGAGCGACAAUGGCGACCGGCGGCUUGUCUAUGGCUCCGCAUACGCGGCGAUCGAACGGACAAUAUUGGACGAGUCUGAGAAGAUCAAGCGCGAGCUGGACGAGGAAGACGAAGUUCUUGUUGAGGCGUCGUUUGUGGUGUGA